GUUUGCUGUUACGUAAAAAAAUUGCUAAUUGCAGCCUUUCGGGGACACCUCAGUCGCAGUUUACCGGAGCAUAUAGUGUGAUAAACAUGGCAACAGUGGCAGCGCUCUCCACUUCCAUAAACAUCAAAGAGCCUAGGUGGGACCAGAGCACUUUUAUGGGUCGGGCCAAACACUUCUUCACCGUCACAGACCCCAGAAACGUCCUGCUCAGCAACGAACAACUCACCCAUGCCCACAAAAUCAUCACUGACUACAGGCAUGGUGUAGUCUCUCCAGGACUUACAGAGGAUGAACUGUGGAAAGCUAAAUAUGUUUUUGACUCUGCUUUUCAUCCUGACACUGGAGAGAAGAUGAUCCUAAUUGGCCGCAUGUCAGCACAAGUUCCAAUGAACAUGACCAUUACUGGAUGUAUGAUGACAUUCUACAGAACAACUCCAGCAGUGUUGUUCUGGCAGUGGAUCAACCAGUCUUUCAAUGCGAUCGUCAAUUACACUAACAGGAGCGGCGACGCUCCAAUCACAGUCCGUCAGCUUGGCACAGCUUACGUGUCUGCCACCACAGGGGCAGUUGCCACCGCUCUAGGACUAAAUGCACUAACAAAGCACGUGUCUCCUCUGAUUGGACGGUUUGUUCCAUUCGCUGCUGUUGCCGCUGCUAACUGUAUAAACAUCCCACUGAUGAGGCAAAGAGAACUUAAACACGGCAUUCCUAUAACAGACGAGAACGGCAACAGGUUAGGAGAGUCGGCAAAAGCAGCACAGCAGGCGAUUUUUCAGGUCGUGGUUUCCAGAAUCCUCAUGGCGUCUCCGGGAAUGGCUAUCCCUCCCUUAAUGAACCAUUUGGAAAAGAAGGCUUUUUUAAAGAGGUUCCCAUGGAUGAGUGCACCUAUUCAAGUCAGCCUGGUGGGAGUCUGCCUGGUCUUUGCCACUCCGCUCUGCUGCGCUCUGUUCCCUCAGAAGAGCUCCAUGUCAGUUAGCCGUGUAGAGCCAGAGCUGAGGGAGAAAAUUCUCACCAACCACCCAGGAGUGGAGAGGGUCUUCUUCAACAAAGGGCUAUGAGUGUUCGAUCCCCUCAUCCAAACACUGCCAUGGCAUGGCUGCAGUUUCGCGGCUGCC